CUGCAGUACCAGGAAGUCACCAGCAGGGGUCGCCUUAUCUCCCUGUAACACUUCAGAUGUGUUUAGAUCGUAAACAACAACCCUUCAUGUUAUAAUGUAACACGUCUGCAUUAAAAUAAAGGAGAUCAACAUUCAUGCAGGAUCUAUUAUCCCAGAUAAACCCCUUUACUGUCAGUGUAUGGGUGAACUCUGACUCAGCUCUGUGGCUAUUUACUGUAAACCACGUGACUUUCCCUGUGCCCUCUUCCGGGAUCAGAACAGGAACGCCCCCUUAAUUAGUCCUCAGCUGUCUUGUGUUUGUCCUGGUGUGUACAGAAGUUUCCACCAGGGAAACCACCCUCAGUGUGUGCGAGGACCUGACUGAGCUGCCUGCUUCUUCACUCCCCCUAAGACAAGCUUCCAGCUCUCAUCAUGUCUAAGAAACCAGGAAAGAGCCCCCCGGAGUUUGAGGGACCGGUGGAUGCGUCAAUCAUCCGCAUCCCGCCUCAUCACUACAUCCAUGUGCUGGACCAGAACACCAACAUCGCCCGGGUGGAGAUCGGACCGCUCACCUACAUCCGGCAGGACAAUGAGAGAGUCCUCUUCGCUCCCGUUCGGAUGAUCAUGGUUCCUCCGCGUCACUACUGCGUGGUCGCCAACCCUGUCGCCCGCGAUGACGACAAACAGGUUCUAUUCGACCAAUCAGGUCAGGCCAAGCUCCGCCACGCCGACCUGGAGAUCCGUCUCACCCAGGAGCCGUUCCCCCUGUACCCCGGAGAGGAGGUCCAGAAGAACGUGACCCCGCUGCAGAUCGUGUACCCAGACACCGCGCUGCGUCUGCAGGCUCUGCUGGACUUUGAGGAAGAAGGAGGAGAUAAGAGAGUCGCUGGAGAUGAGUGGCUGUUUGAAGGACCCGGAACGUACAUCCCCAAGAAGGAAGUGGCUGUGCUGGAGACAAUCAAGGCCACGGUGAUCAGAGAGAACCAGGCCAUCAGACUGAGGGCACGCAAGGAGGGAAUGGACAGAGGAGGCACCCGCAGGGUCACAGGUGAGGAGUGGCUGGUCAGUAAGGUGGGAGCUUACCUUCCAGGUGCUCACGAGGAAGUCAUCGACAUAGUGAACGCUUUCAUCCUGACUGACAAGAAAGCGCUCCAUGUUCGCGCCCUGCGUCCCUUUAAAGACGCUGGCAAACGAGACCGCCGCACAGGGGAGGAGUGGCUCAUCACCCUGGCAGACCGAGAGGCUCACAUCCCCGCUGUACCAGAGGAGGUGGUGGGGGUGGUGGACGUGACCACUUUGAGCAGCAGGCAGUACUGUGUGAUCCUGGACCCAGUCGGAACAGACGGGAAACCUCAGCUGGGACAGAAGAGGGUAGUGAAGGGUGAGCGCUCAUUCUUCCUGCAGCCAGGUGAGAGCCUUGAACUCGGCAUCCAGGACGUGUAUGUGCUGUCAGAGGAGGAGGGUCUGGUGCUCCGAGCCAUUGAGGCCUUCAAUGACACUGAGGGGCGCACCGAUGAAGAGGAAGAGGAGGAAGAAGCGGAGGAGGAGCGUAGGCAGGAGAGGGCAAAGCGUUCGCGCAGGAGCGGCGUCCACCGUCGCCCUGGAGACCGCUGGAUGCUGCGUGGUCCCAUCGAGUACGUCCCCCCGGCUGCUGUGGAGGUCAUGCUGAAAAGACAGGCGAUCCCUCUGGAUGAGAACGAGGGGAUCUACGUCCGUGACAUCAAAACUGGAAAGGUGCGAGCAGUGAUCGGUCACACCUACAUGCUGACGCAGGACGAGGAGCUGUGGCAGAAGGAGCUUCCAUCUAAUGUCGAGGCCUUGCUUGCUUCUCCUCUGGACCCGCUGGCCGACCGCUCGGACCGGACCAGAACCGGAGAGGCCAAGCUGAGGGACAAGACCAGAGUGGUCUCCUACAGGGUCCCACACAACGCUGCCGUCCAAGUCUACGACUACAGAGAGAAGAGGGCCAGGGUGGUGUUUGGACCGGAGAUGGUGAUGUUGGGACCUGACGAGCAGUUCACUAUACUGUCUUUGUCCGGAGACAAACCAAAGAGGGCCAACGUCAUCAAGGCAAUCUGUCUCCUGCUGGGGCCCGACUUCUGCACCGACAUCAUCACCAUCGAGACAGCUGACCACGCCCGCCUGCAGCUGCAGCUCUCCUACAACUGGUACUUUGAAAUCAAGGCUCCUGCUGAACCAGGUGAAGCAGCAGCUCUGUUCUCAGUUCCUGACUUUGUUGGAGACGCCUGUAAAGCCAUCGCCUCCCGCGUCAGAGGAGCCGUCGCCUCCGUACAGUUCGAUGAUUUCCACAAGAACUCAAACAGGAUCAUCUGCUCCUCUGUGUUUGGCUUCGAUGAGAAGCUCGCCGUUCGUCCCAACCUUCGUUUCAGCCAGAACAGGCUGGUGAUCAGCAGCGUGGACAUCCAGUCUGUGGAGCCCGUGGACCAGAGGACCCGAGACGCCCUGCAGAAGAGCGUCCAGCUGGCCAUCGAGAUCACCACCAACUCCCAGGAGGCCGCUGCACGGCAUGAGGCCGAGCGUCUGGAGCAGGAGGCUAAGGGAAAGCUGGAGAGGCAGAGAAUCACAGACCAGGCCGAGGCUGAGAGAGCCAGGAAGGAGCUGCUGGAGCUGGAGGCCCUCAGUGCUGCAGUGGAGAGUACCGGAGCUGCUAAGGCGGAGGCUCAGUCUCGGGCAGAGGCUGCUCGUAUUCAGGGAGAGGCGGCCGUCAAUGAGGCCAAACUGAAGUCUGAAGCUCAGAGGAUCGAGGCGGAGGCAGAGCUCUUCAGGCUCUCAAAGGCUCGUGAGCAGGAGUUGAGCUACAAGCAGCAGAUGGACGGUCUGGAGGUGGAGAAGCAGAAGAGUCUGGCUCAGAUCGAGAUCGAGCGCUUCGGUCAGAUGGUGCAGAGUCUGGGCAGCGACACGCUGAAGGAGAUGGCUCGAGCCGGGCCAGAGCUGCAGGUGAAAAUGCUGCAGGCUCUGGGCCUGAAGUCCACCCUCAUCACCGAUGGUACAUCCCCAAUCAACCUGUUCACCACCGCCAACGGCCUGCUGGGGGCGCUGCCAGGACAGGGACAGGGACAGGGCUAGUAAAGAGGAGGAAAAAAGAAGAGAGAGGAGAGAGAAUAGAUGUCCAAAAGUAAACCUCCACAGAUUCUCUUUUUUUCUUACACCCAGUCAAAGCUCUGUGUUUCUGACGGGUGAUAUAAAAGCAAGACUAUGUGCCUUUUUGCAGAUUUAAAGAUGCUCCUCGUGGGUUUGUUAAAUCACAUCAGAAACUGACUCGAGAUCAAUGUAGCUGUUUGAAAACUUCACUGUGAGUCGUCACAGUCUUCUGUAACAAAACAUGCAGUGAUUUGCACUAACUAGAAAAACUGUCCCAAUGAUGUAGUUCUUCAGGCUGGGAACUAAAAUAAAGGCCAGGGACACUAAAGGAACAUCAUGAAUGUAACAGGAAAGGGAUUCAGUUAGAUUAACGCUUCAGAACUUAAAUGUAAUGUAAAUGAGAACCUGAUGCUAAAGGGAUCAUGGGAAUUAAAGUCUUACAUAAUGCUGUUUGAGAAUAUUUAGUUAGAGUUAAAUAAAUCAAGACUAGCUUUUGUAAACCUCUUGAAGGUUCUCUACAGGAGAACACUUAUCAGUGUGAAUAUAAACUCCUCAAAUUUAGAAAGCAGACUGAAAGACGUCUACAUUUUCAACCACUAAGUGGGUUUUUUGCACAUUAAAAUUCUGAUUUUUGAGAGUUUUUCAAGAGUUUACAAAGCUUGAUGGAAGACAGAAGCAAAAAUAAAAAAGUUUGCCAAUUAAAAAGCCUUAAAAUUUCCUAACUGGGGAAAUUCUGUGUGGAUUAAUACAGAUUAGGAUAUGCCUAAUUUGUUGGAUCGAAUUAAGGAACUCUAACGUUUGUUUAUGUAGGAUCUUAGAGUUAAUUUGAAUUAAACUAAAAAUCUUCUCAGUUAUCUCGUUAUCCUGUAGACCUUUACUUUCUGUGCAGGAAACUACAUCUCCCAUGAUGCACUUCACUGACAAAUAAAACUGUAGAGCUUCCCAAGCUUGUAAAAAACUACACAGAUCACUGUUAGAGUUUAAAAAGGUUCCUACUCUUCACUAACAUGAGGAUUAUGGGAUCUGUGGUAUUUUGGCGAUCUUGCUUCAACCUGCAUAUUUUCCUGAUCUUGCUCUUUCCUAAGUUUUAAUAUAACUUCCUUAAACUGACACACCUCCUUUGUGAUUGAGUGAUAAUUAAAGGUUCGUGUUGUUCUCUAAAUUUAAUACAGUAUCCUUCAGUUUCAUGUGCAGAGGGCUUAAAGUGAACGAAAUGCAUCCUGGGAGAUGUAGUUCAACAUGUCCUCUUAAAUCUGACUCUUACCUCCAUCCUUGGUUUUCGACGUACUAACACUGUGAUUACUGACACAUUCAAGCUGCCCGCCUCUUACCUGACAAUCCUCAGCUGUCUAUCUCCUCUGUCACUCCAUGUUUGCUGCCCUCCAGUGGCUUAAAGUCGCCAACCUCUUACCUCUUUCAUGCUAACUUUUGCACUUUGACCUUCAGAAGAAUCGAGAAUCUGAGGUUUACUUUUGGACACCAAUAAAACAACAUGAAGAAAACCACUGGAAUAAAGUGUGAACUGCAUAACAAGAACUGUGCCUACAAACAAGCUGUUUGUUUAGUCGUAUUGUCUGACAGGCUAAGAUUUGUGUUUCUGCUUUGCACUACAUGUAGAAGUGAGCCGGUGAUGCUGAUGUUUACAUACUCUUUGUAUGCAGAGUGAUAAAAUAAAGAUGCAAUAGCUGACUGCCUUUCUCUGCUAACCUAAGUGCUGUUGUUCCUCCACUAAUGUGUGACGCCAUUAAAGAGCUGCUGUCCACA